AAAAUAAUCUAGAGUGGAAGUUUUCCCCCCUCCGUCCUGUAAACAUCUUGGGCACAUUGCCUGGAGCCCUGGCGUAAAUAAGCGGAUUAGUCCGGAGGAGAUGGCUGGAGAGACAGAGGAUGAGAUCCCCGAAACGGGAGCCGUCUUCACUUUUGGGAAGAGUAAAUUUGCAGAUAACAUCCCCAGUAAAUUUUGGCUAAAAAAUGACGUUCCUUUGAGAAUAUCCUGUGGUGAUGAGCACACAGCAUUGGUAACAGAAAAUGGGAAGCUGUUUAUGUUUGGCAGCAAUAACUGGGGACAGCUGAGCCUCGGAACAAAGACCACUGUUAAUAAACCCACUCGUGUGAAAGGUCUGAAGUCAGAGAGGGUGAAGCUUGCGGCCUGUGGAAGAACUCACACACUUGUUUACACGUACCGUGGUAACCUGUAUGCCUCUGGAGGGAAUAAUGAGGGGCAGCUCGGUCUUGGUGACUGUGAUGACAGAACCUCCUUCCACCUGGUGGACUUCUUCAGCAAGGCUGGACCAAUCAAAAUGCUCGCUGCUGGUUCCAAUACCUCUGCUGCCCUCACACAGGAUGGAAGGCUCUAUAUGUGGGGCGAUAACUCCGAGGGACAGAUUGGUUUGGGAAAGGAGAGUAAUGCACUGACUCCGUGUGAAGUUUCUGUGGGGAAACGGGUGUCCUGGGUGUCCUGUGGCUAUUAUCAUUCUGCCUUUGUCACUGUGGAUGGGGCCUUGUUCACAUUUGGAGAAAGGGACAGUGGGAAGCUCGGGUUGUCCACCAAGAAGCUGGCCAAUCAUAAAGUGCCUCAACAGGUGACAGGCAUCUCUGAUAGGGUGGUGCAGGUGGCCUGUGGAGGAGGUCACACUGUGGCACUUACAGAGCGCACACUGUAUUCGUUUGGCCUGGGUCAGUUUGGGCAGCUUGGUCAUGGAACCUUCAUAUUCGAGUCUUGUUUACCCAAAGAGGUGGAGCAUUUCAGAAGGGGCAGAGUUAAACAUGUGGAGUGUGGAGAGAAUCAUACAGCGGUUAUAACUGACAGUGGCCUUUUGUACACUUUUGGCGAUGGUCGCCAUGGCAAACUAGGUCUUGGAGAAGAGAAUUUCACCAACCAGUUCAAGCCAACUCUGUGUCCAAGAUUUCUCAACUACCACGUAGAGUCUGUGACCUGUGGUGGAUGUCACAUGCUUGUGUUGGCCAAGCCCAGGGUUGAAGCCUCAGAGGAUUUGUUCCUGGAGGAAGAUGAUGUGACAGAAGACUACUUUGAGAAGUCCUAUUCUGUGAUACAGGGUGACACAAACAAUCAGACCACUCUAAAGAGAAGUCUCUCAGCUCGGUCUAGACGCAGAGAACGGGAGCGUUCACCAGAUCAGUUUGGACCGAUGUUCCAAACUCUUCCAAGUCUGAGUGGCAAUCAGCUUAGUGCAUCAUUAACCGUUCCAAACCAGACCUGGCACCCCCAGAGUGACCAACCCGGAAAGAUCCCUUGCAACAGCCUCCAGAUUCCUGGUAAGAGAAAGACGUCUCUCCAUGACAGAAGCAGUACGGAGGAUAAUGAAAGUGUAAAAGAUCUUGGAGAAACCACUGAUUUAUUAAACCUGACUCAUGUAAUGAAAAUGGAUCCUUUGGAUAAGACCCUCACAUUGUCUCCAAUGCAGAAGAAGAAAGUUAAGGUUGUGAAAAAGCAUGGUAAGGAAAUGGGCAAGCCAAGAGAAGACUCCGCCCCUUAUAGUAAGAGGGCGGAGCUUUCCCCCUGCAAAGCUCUUCCCACUGAGCUACUUAGAGGCUCGAGUAGUAGCUCAUUGCUUGGGGAGAGUCUUGGGUCGAGCAGUCCCCAAAGGAUCCCUAAAAUUUGGGGUCAUGACAAGGAGAAUGUACUUAUUGCUUUAGAGGACAGAAAGCCUGGACAUCACAAACCUGGGGAUGGUGAAACCAGAACUGGAGCUGGUUCCAAACACACUACACAUCAAACACAGCUGAUAGAGUCCAGGGCCAAAGCUAAAUCAGAUGCUAAACAGUCAAAAGGAAAGGUCCAAUUGAGUCAAGACCAGGCCACCCACAAAUCAAAAGCAAGUACAAAACCAAACCAAGAAGAAGGAGGUAAAGCAAAAUCCAAAGAUCAGUUACGAGAAGUCAGAAGCCAGCCUCAAAAGGUUGAAGGGAAGGAAAAUGAAGCAAAAAUGAAACUAAUGGCUGUUGCUGAACAAAAUCUCGAACAGAUUGCACUUAAGGACCUAGUCCACACAAGUAAAAAGGUCUCAAAAGAGGUCCCACCCAAAGCUCAGAGGGUAAAAGUUGAAACCAACACUGCUGAAACACAAAGCAAAAGUUCUGUUACAACAGAGAAGAAAUCAGUUCCAAAAAAAGACUCUAAAAGUAUUAAGACAACAUCCAGACCAGAACAAAGCCAGUCGCUCUUAGAGGAUAACAUUAGGACAGAAAAAAACUCAAAAGACAUAUCUAAGGGACCAACCAUGGUCUCUGAAGCUGCUUCCAAAUCUGAAUCAGAGUCCACAUCAGAGCAAAUGCAGGAAAAUCCUCUCACCAUGGUGGCAUCUCUAAUCCAGGAUGUGGGAAUCAGAAGUCCUGCUCGUCGUCUUAGAGAUGCAGCAGUCGGUCAGUUUCUCUCCCAAUCCACACCUCAGAAGAUACCCAAACCUCCUCAAAAACAGAGAACUCUAUCUGAUUCCUCUUCCAUUAGUGAGUCUUAUGAAGUUCCAAGACAAGAGAUGACAAGACAGGCUAAAAGAACAGAUGUCACCAUCAACGUUAAACCAGAAGUAGGGUCUUCAGAUGGGGAAAUGGAAAGAAGCAGUUCUGAGUCCAAAACAGAGGCUCAAACUGAGGGGGAAACAUACAGAGCGAGGAUUGAGAAAGUAGAGGAGGAAUGGAGUGAUGAGAGAAGUAGGAUGACAGAUGAAGGGGUGGAGGGGAGUUCUGCUAUCACAGAAAGCGAGGGCAAAGUGAACAGAAGGCAUGAAACUGAGGAAGAGGAUGAAAGUGAAAGCAAGACCGUUGACAAGGUAGAAAAUGAUAGUGAUUCGGACAAAGAUAACAAUGAUACAACAAUCAAAGCCUCUAGUGAGGAUGAAGAAAAAGAAGAGGAGGAGAGUGGAAAAGAAUCAGUUGCAAAGACCGAAAGCAAGAGUGAACAAACAGAUGAGGAAGAUGAAACCAGUGAGAUGCAUAGAAAAGUUGAAAAGAGUGAAGAAGAAGAAGAAGAGGAAGAGGAAGAGGAGGAGGAGGAGGAGGAGGAGGAGCAGAAUGGAAAAGAAUCAGUUGCAAAGACCGAAAGCAAGAGUGAACAAACAGAUGAGGAGGAAGAUGAAACCAGUGAGACGCAUAGAAAAGUUGAAAAGAGUGAAGAAGAAGAAGAGGAUGAAAGCAAAAUGAGUGUUGAUGAAGAAGAGGAGGAGAGUGGAGAAGAAUCAGAUGCAAAGACAGAAAGCAAGAGUGAGCAAUCAGAUGAGGAGGAUGAGGAAUCAGAGGAGGAAGAAAGUGAGAGUGAGGCAGAGGAAGAUGAAAGUAGUGAAGGAGAGGAGGAAGAUUCAGAGAAGCAGGAGAUUGAGACAGAAGAUUCAUCGAAAGAUGAAGAUAAAGAAGUGGACAGUGAAAAUGAAGGAGAGGUAGAUGAUGAUGAGGAGGAGAGUGAGGAAGAUAAAGGGGAGGAGGAAGAGGAGAAUGAAACAGAAGAAGACAAAAAAGAUGAGAGUGAAAAUGAAGAGGAAGGCGAAGAGGAGAGCAAAGAUGAGGAGGAAGAGUCAGAAGAAGAAGGUAAUGAGGAAGAGGACGCAGAGGAGGAGGAGGAAGAAGAAGAAAGAGAGGAGAAAGAAGAAGCUGAGGAUGAGGAGGGAGAAGAGGAGGACCGAAAAGAGGAAGAGGAGAGUGAUGAGGGAGGAGAGGAAGAGGAGGAAAGCAAAGAUGGAAAUGAAGAUGAAGAAGAAGAAGAGGAGGAGGAAGAAGAAGAAGAAGAGGGGGAGAAAGAAGAAGCAGAGGAUGAGGAGGGAGAAGAGGAGGACCAAAAAGAGGAAGAGGAGAGUGAUGAGGGAAGAGAGGAAGAGGAGGAAAGCAAAGAUGGAAAUGAAGAUGAAGAAAAAGAUGAUGAGGAGGAGGAGGAAGAAGAAGAAGAAGAGGAGGAGAAGGAAGAAGCAGAGGAUGAGGGAGAAGAGGAGGACCAAAAAGAGGAAGAAGAGAGUGAUGAGGAAGAAGAAGAGGAGGAGAAAGAAGAUAAGAAUAAAAGAAAGCUGAGUAGAAAACCAAAGCUAAAUGUGAAAACGACAAAGCAGCCAACGAAAAUGAAACGGCCCACAACAAAAGGCGACAUGUCAGACAAUGAAUCCCAUGAGUCUCAGCAGUUUUGGGAUGAUGUGCUGCCUCAGUACCUCAAUUUGAAAUAAAUCUGCAAGCUCAAACCUCUUGUCUGCUUCUAUAGCUACAGUACGAACAACAGCAUUAUGUGGAUGUUUUGCUUUUUAUUUUGUGCUAAAGGCCUUUUCACAACUUUGAUUAUGUUUUUUCAUGUAUUUAUUGUUUUUUAAUAUUUAUUUCACCAAUAAUAUUCUUGCAUUUCAUUUAAAAAAAAUAUUAUUUUACAUUUUUACGGAAAUGUUUUAGAUUUUUUAACUUUAUUUCAUUCAUAUUUUUUUUUUUUGUAACGCUUUCAAAAGUAAUAAUCUGCUCUUGCAUUAUGAGGACCUCAUGAUGUGCCUUGGGAUGUAUGGAUCUUAUGGACAACUAUGUUCUUUAACUACCAUUUGUGCUCGAUUUAAAGUGACCUUGAA